UGCUGUCUGUAUUCUACCGCCGUGUGUGUGUGUGUGCGCGCGCCAGGCAGGGACCAGUGUCACUGCCGCUCUACUGCCAUGGAAGAGGCUCCACGUCAGUCCGAUACGCAGGUCUCUACGUUAUUAUAACACUCUCACUUCUCCUGAGGGGAUUGAUUGAUUUUUUAUUUGAUUUUUUCCCCAACGGAAGCGGUGCCCGGAUGGGAGCGGAUGAGGAGCGCGGCAGCGGCCGCCGGUGCGUCUCCAACUUGACCAUCACCAAACAAUGGGAGUAGCUGAGCCGUGCUGCUUUAGCGCCAACUACUACUACUACUACUACUACUACUACUACAACUACUACUACUACUCGCCCCUGGGAGACACUUACGAGAAGAAGAGAGAGAAGCAGCAGCAGCAGCAGCAGCAGGAGGAGGUAAAGAAGAAGGAGAGGGAGAAGAGGAAAAGGAAGCAGACUUGUUCUACCUGCAGACCUCCCUCUCUCAGCAGCAGCAGUAGUGCCGGGACUCCCGCAACAGCCGAUACGCACGGAUCCAGAGCGACGCACCGGCUGCCUCUGGGAUGCAUGUGAGAGAAAACGUGCAGAUCUGAGAACAGCACUCCUCUGUGAGGGUCUAUUCUGUGUGGAAUUAGGGAAUAUAACACACAGUUUGCCAGACCUCUGGAGACACUGAUAGGAAGCUUCAUCACGCAGCCAAACCAGCCCGUGAUUCUGUUUUCCACCACUGAAGAAGGAAUAUGUCUUAUUUCCCCUUUCACCGCUGUGGCUCGCACAGACUGGACUUAAGAAUAAUUGGGUGUAAUUGUGUGUCAAUUAGCAGCAGCCUGUGAGCGGCUAACCUCCUCUCGAGAACCCCCCCUCCCCCCUAUCCUCCUCCUCCUCCCCCUCCCAUCUCUGCCCCCCUGAGCCAAAACCUGGACGAGCUUCCUCCCCGCAGCCCCACCGGUGUCUCUGCCUGUCUCUGUCCGUGGUCCUGAACACAAUUUUGGGGUGCAUUUUCUGGAUUUUCUCCGGCUUUUCACAGUGGCAGCGCUGGAGGCGUAUGCGCGGACACAAGCAUGAUUUCAUGGCCGGUGAGGUCAUGAGCACCCCGCGGCUCGAUACCGGCGACUCCGGGAUCUGAAACACACAAAAAAGCGGAACAUUUGUCAGCUCACCUUGGAGGUCAUAAACCAUAACCAUAAACCCCCCUCCCCUCUCCUCCUCUUCCUCCUCCUUUUCCACCACUAAAGGAUUUUUAUUUUUAUUUUCUGGAGGGGAAUUCAUCCUCCUAAGAGUGUGACCCCCCCUUGAGCAACACCUUCACCCCCCAACCCCCUCCAAACAAAAAUGAGACUAGCGAAAAUGUGCCGACUAAACGCGCUGGGGAUCUAUUUGUGGGAAACGGUAGUGUUUUUCAGCCUGGCAGCAUCGAAAGAAGCUGCGGCGAGGAAAGCUGCCUCCCCGAUGCCGCCCUCCGAGUUCCUGGACAAACUCAUGGGCAAAGUUUCGGGUUACGACGCCAGAAUUCGACCGAAUUUUAAAGGUCCGCCGGUAAACGUAACCUGCAACAUAUUUAUCAACAGUUUUGGGUCCAUCGCUGAAACUACAAUGGACUACAGAGUUAACAUCUUCUUGAGACAGCAGUGGAACGACCCUCGGCUGGCCUACAGCGAGUACCCCGACGACUCGCUGGACCUCGACCCCUCUAUGUUGGAAUCCAUCUGGAAACCCGACUUGUUCUUCGCCAACGAGAAGGGGGCAAACUUCCACGAGGUCACCACCGACAACAAGCUGCUGCGCAUUUCUAAAAACGGCAACGUGCUGUACAGCAUACGAAUAACACUGAUCUUGGCCUGUCCCAUGGAUCUGAAAAACUUCCCUAUGGACGUCCAGACCUGUAUCAUGCAGCUGGAGAGCUUCGGCUACACUAUGAACGACCUCAUAUUCGAGUGGGAUGAGAAGGGAGCCGUGCAGGUGGCGGACGGCCUGACGCUACCUCAGUUCCUACUCAAAGAGGAGAAGGACCUGCGCUACUGCACCAAGCACUACAACACAGGUAAAUUCACCUGUAUCGAGGCUCGCUUCCACCUGGAGCGUCAGAUGGGCUACUACCUGAUCCAGAUGUACAUCCCCUCGCUGCUGAUCGUCAUCCUGUCCUGGGUUUCCUUCUGGAUCAACAUGGACGCCGCACCCGCCCGGGUGGGUCUGGGCAUCACCACCGUGCUGACUAUGACCACGCAGAGCUCCGGUUCCAGAGCCUCCCUGCCCAAGGUGUCCUACGUAAAAGCCAUCGAUAUCUGGAUGGCCGUAUGUCUGCUGUUUGUGUUCUCGGCCCUGCUGGAGUACGCCGCUGUCAACUUCAUCGCCCGCCAACACAAGGAGCUGCUGCGCUUCAGACGGAGGCGACGACACAUGAAGCCUGAGUCUUGGCCUGUGUUGCAGGAGGAUGAGACAGGCGAGGGUCGCUUCAGCUUCCCCGGCUACGGCAUGGGCCCCGCCUGCCUGCAGGCCAAAGACGGCAUGGCCAUCAAGGGCAACAACAACAACGCCCCGGCCUCGGCCCCCGCCGAGAGGAGCAUCGAGGAGAUGAAGAAGCUAUUCAUCGGCCGGGCCAAACGCAUCGACACGGUGUCCCGCGUGGCCUUCCCGCUCGUCUUCCUCAUUUUUAACAUUUUCUACUGGAUCAUUUACAAGAUCAUCCGCAGCGAGGACAUCCACAAGCAGUAGUCGAGAGGCAGAGGAGGAGGAGGAGGAGAACAGUGCGAAGAGGAGAAUGCAGAGAAACAAAGCGAGAGAAGGAAAUAGAGAGAGAUGACUUCAAUAGGAGAUAUUAUUUUUCGCGUCAACCACGCCUCCUUUCCUUGUUCUCUUCCUUCAUCCUCUUCCUCUUUUGGUCGAGGAUAACUUGCUUUUUGUCCCUCAGCCCCCCCCCCCCCGACACCUACUAGACAUUAUUUCAGAUAUUUAUUGCUUUCUUUUUCCUUUAUUCUCCUCUCCUCGCCCCUAAUCCCAACUCUUUACAUCUCCUGAAUAAUCCGGACCAGUGCAAUAGCAAUGCAGUAAAAUGCAUGAUAUAUGAAUGUGGCAAUAUAUUAAUGAAAAGAUGAAACAUGAAAAAGCAAACACAGACUUUUGCAGGCACGCCCAACAAACUGUGGGAGUGGACGGACUGGAGAGGAAGAAGACGAGAGAGUCUUGUAAAUGGUCUUGUGUUUGAUUUUAGGGUUUUCUUUUGUGUGUGGAGACAGAUAUAUAAUUCUAUAUGAAAAAGUGAUGUCGGGACGGGGUGGGGAUGUGCGAGAAGCACACGACAGUGUAAUAUACUCAUAUAUCUAUCAUAAAUGGCGGAGAGAGAAAAAAAAAGAACUUUAUUUGCAAAGGCGGGCAUCUGGAAACGAGGGAUUUUUCACCCCAAAAAAAGGAAAGGAAGGCGGAUCGGUGCUUCCAUUAAAAGGCGACGGAUCACACAUUCUAUAUAUCUAGAUUUGCUUCAAAUGUGUAUUGCAAGCACUCCUCAACGCUUUUCCUCCCCGCCCCCACCGCCAACACCACGAAACCUCCAACGUGCAGAGACACUUGAGGUUCGCUGCUGCCGCUGUCAAUCCUACGUCUGGACAAAAAGAGAAAAAAAGAAUCCGCACUGUACGGGCAGUGCUGGUUCUGAGACAAAAUAUGUCAUUUAUCUGUGGUCAACGUGUUCCUCCACCUGUCCUUAAGUUAUUUCAUAUUUGCAUUUGUUGUUGUUUUGGUUCGUCUCUUGAUUUAUGUGCCAAGUAAACAUGUGGCUUGUGGCCGUGCAGCGCUCUGCAGCUCCGACCUUCUCGUGAAGAGGAAGGCGGAUGGUUUGACGUCGGUCGUCGUAUCGAGUGACGUCUCCUCACGAGCUUCUUCAGGGUUGUUUUUUUUAAUCCCUGAGAUAUUAGUUUGUUUUCAUGGACUGAAGCGAAUUGAUCCUGGACAGGUAAAAUGCAGAUCCUCGUUUGCUUUCCUCGUCGUGUUCAUCGGGACCGAACCACAGAUAUGUUUACAUCUUUAUUAGUGCUUCCUUGCUUUGACCCCGCCUUAAUGUGACACCCCACCAAUCCCCAGCUGAGAGGACAUAUGUAGUAAAUGAUACAGAUUAUAGCACCUGUUAUACCUUAAUUAACUGUAUUUCCAUCUCAUUCACACGCACGACUUUAGCUGCAAACGUCAUCAUUUCAGAAAAGCUACAUCCUCAUGAGCAUAAAGACAGGAUUUAUUUUUGCCAAAGCCAUGUUGGACGGGAUUUAAUCUUCACGCAGGUCAUUUGGUUUGAUUGAUGAUUUAUCAGAUGACUUGUUUAUCUCUUUUACUUUGUACCAGGCUUCUCUAUGCAAUGAUCAGUAUAUGCAAUUAUGAUUUAGCCUUUCUUUCAGCAACUCCAUUUAAAAAAACACCGUUUUCUAACCGUCCCACUUCUAACUGCUAAACAAACGUUGAAGCUUGUUGGUGAACAUAAAGUGAUAAAACUUCCCAGCGACUUUCACUUAAUGCAUGCAGAUUACUGGAUGGAAAAAAGGUUCUGAAGUAGAAAUCUGCAGCAAACAGAUUGAGCCGAACCUCUGAGCCCGUCUGUAAGUAGAUGAAAGCGUUUUUCGGUUGCUUCAUAUUUUCCCUGUUCGUGUUGUAAAAUAUGCAUAAUUUCACAAAUUCAAACUUUAAUGUGAGGAAAGACAUUUUCCAUUAUAGUAGCAAAGCAAGACAAACUUAAGAAAAGUUAUCCUUCCUCUAAGAUCUAUUGUAUUCUUAUUGCAAAUUUGUUCAGCCCGAGGCGAAUAGAUUCUCAGCUCCAUAUUUAUCAUUCUUUUCAUCUUCAUGAAAGAAAGUGAAUAAUUAUAUUUUCCAAAUUGAUGAACUAUAUAUUUACCGCACCAUGUUUACACUUCACUGCAACUCUUUGACCAUCCUGUCUGUGAAGAGUCAAACUCCUGCAUGAGGACGUCGGCUAAUUUAAACAUAUUUAACUUCACAAUAAAAGUGCAGUGUUUUAUUUCGACCUGAGCAUCACAUACAACUAUAUAUAUAUAUAUAUAUAUAUAUAUAUAUAUAUAUAUAUAUAUACAUACAACUUGUCUAAAUGUUUAAGCCCCAGUCCAACUUGGUUUUGAAGCAAAAACCAAAGAUGUGUUUUUGUAUUCCUCGCUGAUUUGACGUACUUAUCGUUGCCUUUUGCUGCUGUUGUGGGGCAAGAUUUUCUGCAGGAUGUGAAAUCAUAUUAAGUUUUUAAUACGAUUACCAGAUGCAGUAUUGGGGUUCGCCAGACUAACUUCAGAUAUAUAAAUACAAUGAUAAUAUAUAUAUAUAGGCAUAUUUUGAUAUGGAACAUGUAUGCAUUUUCCCUCGACAUUCUUGUAUUUCCUUAUUUUUUAAAUCAAAGCUGGUUAUUUUUAUUUAAAAAAAGUCAUCUACCUAUCCAUUCAUCCCUAUACAUUUUAUACUUACACAAUGUUUACUUGUAAAACAUGUUAUACAAGUAAAGGUUACACAUUGAGACUUCAUCUGGUGUCAACAUGUGUGUAUUGGAGAUCCUAAAUUGAAACUACUUUACUUUGUGUAAGACGGAUCCGAAGGGCUAUGCCACGCACAUGCUCCACAUUCCAACAGGUUUUAACUUUAAAGUGGACGUGCCAUAGAAUACGCUUCAUCGCAAAAACUAUGCAUUUAAUUCAGUAAAUCCUUCACAGAUACAGUGAUGUAAAACAAGGCCAUGAUCACCUAGGAUGCUUCGUUUAUGCUUUAUUUGCUUUAUUAGAUUAGCUUUAAGUAGAGAACAUGUAGCACUUAGGGGGAGUUUCCACAGAGCACGUAGCGAAGCUAGCUAACAUGCUAUGUAGCUUGCGUGAUACGAAAUGUGUGCAAAGAAACAGAUUUCUUUGUUUGGCCAAAUUACACCCUUCUGUCAUGCUAGCACCGCAGCUAACGCUCCAGCAAAAAGUCUUUCUAAAGUUUUUCCAAAAAUGCCAAACGUAUCUUGCUAGCUGCGUGGACUCUGACGCUAACGUACGCAGACGCAAUGUAGCAAAACGUGAGAGGAGCAGACAAGGCACUUAAAAAGUUAAAAAGCAAAAUUUUUUUACUUACGUACUCAUAUAUUUACUAUAUGUAGCGCAUCAUUGCAAGUACUCAACAUAAGUUCAUCUUUCAGAGUCCCAAAAGGUGACUUAGUUUUAGUUUUAGUAGAGAUUCUUAUCUUGUGAGAGAUUUAAAAAAUCGAUAUACUUGUUGGACUUUAGGGGCUCCGUAAAAACCAACGGCAGCUUUAGGGAUGCUAAGGAGUUCAGGAUGGAAGCAGCCUCCUGCGAUUUCAUUGCAAAUGCCAAAAUAAAUGGUUGCUAAACAAGAGAGUAAUAUAGAUUGUUGUUGAAUAUAAACGAGGACCAUCUCGAGUCCCUGCAGAGCUGCAGAGGGACAUUAAUAACAGAAAACACCUUUGGUUCUCAGUUUGUCGCCUCCUCUCUGAUCACGGCCUAAAUCCGACUGGGGAGCGUCAGCCGGCUCAGUCUAAAUACGAUGUUUCCUUCCGUGCCAUAGACGUUGCAUCUGGAAUAAGUGAGAAGCUCUCCUGUCCAUCAGCCUCUCUGCCAACAGCAGUCGUCCAUUUUCUAGAGCUUACAUACAGAUCUUCUCGUGCCAUAUGGGGGUUGAAUAUGCAACUGAAAAACGAGGACCUAUAAGCAUAUCAUGCAUUCAACUACCAUUUUACAUGAUUCAUACCCUUAUCCUCAGGCGUGGGUGUUGUGUGUAUCAUAGUAAUUUUAGAGCUUGGUCAUAGGCCUCACAUCAUUGUAUUAAUCAUUGUUAUACUGUACGGGUUGGGGGAGGGAGGGGUUCAUAACGUGACAUAGAAACUGGGUUUGUAUUGCAUUACGGUGCGAUGUGAUGCGUUCGGACCGAACAAUGAAAGAUGUGUUUUUGGGAAGUUUAUAAAUCCUUAGGUUCUGAACUGGAUUUUAAAGUAGCAUGGUUUGAUUUGUCGAUGAUUAAUGAUUCUAUUGGUUUUUGGGGUUUUGUUUGAUUCUCUUGUAUUUUAUUGUAUGUAUUGUACAAUCCGAUGCCCUGAGGGAGAAGGAAAAAUACAGUGACUCCUGAACUGCUGUGAACUAAAGGAAACAUUAUUAUUAUGAUUAUUAUAUUUAUUUAUUUAUUUUCUUUGCACAAGUUGGAAUGGCCUUAAUUUUGCUUUACUUGCUUCUAUUGUGUAUUGGCACAAAGUGCACCCGUUUGAUUUGCAAAAAUGACGAUGCUCAUUAUGAAGCUUAUAAUCCGAAAGUGCACAUCGAAGCAGGAUAAAAAAAAAAAAAGAAAAGUUCAGCAAAUCCUUUUUAUUUUUCAUUAAUCUGAGAAACAAUAUUUUGCAUGAAUAUAAAUACAAUGGCAGA